AAAUGCGGGCGGGGCGGUGAGGGGCGCAGACGCUGACGCCGCGCGGCGUGUCCGCCGUCCUCCCGUGCCGCCAUGGCAGCGCUGCCCGGUGCCGCGGCCCCGCGGCUGCUCCUCAUCCCUAGCAAAGCGCCCGAGGUUCCCGGCCCCGCGGCUGCCCGGCAUCUGUCCGUUGUUCUGCCGGCAGGAGCCGACCCCGGUCUCCCGGGGAUGGAGAGCACGCAGCCGGCCCGCAAGCGGCAGCGGCUCACACAUCUGAGCCCGGAGGAGAAGGCGCUGCGCAGGAAGCUGAAGAACCGCGUGGCAGCCCAGAGUGCCCGCGACAGGAAGAAGGCGCGGAUGACAGAGCUGGAGCAGCAGGUGGUGGAGCUGGAGGAGGAGAACCAGAAGCUGCUGCGAGAAAACCAGCUCUUGCGGGAAAGGACGUGUAACCUCGCUCGGGAGAACCAGGAGCUCCGCUGCCGCCUGGGUUUAGACGCUCUGAAGACGGAGGAGGAGGAGGGUGAGGAGUUCCAGGUUGUCAAGGAAUCUCAGGUGGAUGAAAUUAGAUUGGUGACCGGGUCCGCUGAGUCCGCAGCACUCAGACUACGUGUUCCUCUGCAGCAGGUGCAGGCCCAGCAGUCACCAUUUCUGAUAGUCUCCACGUGGAUUCUGAUGGCAGUGACUCUUCAGACUCUGAGUCUGAUCUCCUAUUGGGCUUUCUGGACAGUCUGGACCCAGAGAUGUUUCUCAAAUAUGCUGAUUCAGAGUCAACGUGCCUGGAGAAGCUGGAGGAAGAGAUCUCUGGAGAAACAAAUUCCAUACCAACCACCCUGUCUCCCUCUUUGGGGUCCCCAUCAGCUAAGCUGGAAGCCAUUAAUGAACUCAUAAGGUUUGAUCACGUGUAUACAAAACCCCUAGUAGUGGAGAUUCCUGUUGAAAUGGGCAACCAAACCAAUAUGCUAGUGAAAAUUGAGGAAGAAAAUCUCUCUUCAUCUGACGGCAAGGCUAUCCCCGAGAUCCCAGUGUCUGUGAAGAAGGAACCUGUAGACAGCUUCAUGCCUGAACUGGGCAUUUCUCAUCUGCUUUGUUCUUGUCAUAGCCUUGAAGCCUCAAGCUACCUGUUGGAUGGCUGUAGUGACUCUGGGUAUGAAGGAUCCCUGUCGCCCUUCAGUGAUACAUCGUCUCCGCUUGGCACUGACCAUGCGUGGGAGGAUAGCUUUGCCAAGGAACUCUUUCCCCAGCUCAUCAGUGUCUAACCUGGUAGUGUUAACUCCCUUUGAAUAAUCAUCCUGGCAGGAUCUCAGCAGAUGCCCCUUUGGGAGGUGUAUGUGGGAAAAAUCAAGUCCAUUCAGAAAAGUGUUUCUCAUCUUUACCCAUGCUAGUAGAUGGCGUGAUGGUAUGAAAAAGCCAAGGCUGUCCUGUCCUGGCUCCCCCCCCCAGUCAGUGUUGGCUUAGCAGAGAGGCAGUUUUGUUUCUCAGUAACUUGCUCAUUCUCUAUGAACCUGAAAAUGUUUUGUUUUCUGGUUAAAAUUUUAACACCAAAAACUAAAGUGGGAUAGUCAUGUAUAGACAACUGGGCUAGACCUUAACAGUCUCUUAAGUCUUACAGCUUCACUAAAUGCUUGUUUUCCAUUUGCUAUGUAGAGUUGCUUUGUCCAUUUAAUAUUUAACUGUAUUGGUGCAAUUAAAAUGCAGUGCAGCUCACUGACCCUUUUUUGGCUUAGAACUCAGUGGGGAGGGGAGAGCGUCUGGGCCUUGGAGAAUUUAAGUUCAGGUCCCUUGCUGUCUCAUCCUGCAAUGCUUUGAUGAGCAGUGCUCAUAGGAUGUCUGCAGCUGGCUGUUUCAGCAGUUCCCUUUGGGGGCACUGGAUGUGUAGGGGGGUUUGUGUGAGGGCCAGAGCUACUAGAGCAAAACCUGCAGCCUCUGUAAGGCAGACAGGUGGCAGGAGCUUGAAGGCUGACUAUUCAAAAGUCAGGGCAGUGGUGGCACCCUGGUAGCCAAGUAAUGCUGUCCAAGAUUCUCAGUCUGAGGGGAGCUGGGUGUGAGACAUGGUAUGAAAAUGGCUGCAGAUUCUCUAUUACCACAGGAAAUCCUGAAGCAUCAAAGGAACUUGUCAGGAGGAGAGAAGACAUCAGGACUUGUCGUUGUCCGCAUCCGUUUGCUCCAGAAUUUAUCACAAUAUUAAAAACACUUGGAGACACAAAAGAAAUUUUAUACCAAAAAUAAGAGAGCUGUUCGAGGUGUUGGAACAGCUGUUCUUGGUUUCAAUACUAUUUCAUGUUUUGCAUUCAGUUUUUACAAAAAUAACUUGGGGUGGGGAGGAAAGAGGAAAGAAAACCAGUGAUGUUUCGGUCAGUAACAUUCAAGAUGACAGGACUGCUUUGGAUUACAAGCUUGAGUAACCUAGCUUAUACUGAAGAAUUCUACAUGAACAGUGGGUAGGGACUACAGACUACACCUGCACAGUAUAACAAAUUUAGGUUGAAAAUCCAUGUAGUCAGAAGCACAAGUUGCUUUACUUUCCAGCUGGAAAACAGGGAUGACUGCAAGAGUAUCAAAUAAAUCGUGAGUCCAAAAUAGAGCAGAAGUGAGGAUUUGAUCUGUAGUUUUGCAUUACAUUUUGUUAGCACUUUUUUAUGGAGCCCCAACCCCUCCUGGCAACUGUGAGCAAGCCAUUUCAACAUCUAAAAAAUCCAAGGACAAUCGUGUUGCAGUCUCUUUUCCAUCACAGAAGGACAUGGGAUAUGCUUAGUAUUUCAACCUUGUUAAGCACAAGAGACAAAAAUGUUCAGGGACAUGGUCUUUACACUGUUUUGCUUCCCCUUUUCAACUUACGAGCUGUCUCCUAGCAUGCUUUAUCCUGACUAACUGGAAGCACUGGGUCCCACAAUAAGCUGUUAAUAGUUACUGAGAUCUCUUCCACUAAAAACAGAAAACUAGUUCUUGUUUGGCAUCUAGAAUCUGCUUACUACCAUUCAGAAUUCCUGUAAGCACUAGUAUUUUCUACUAGACUCAAGUCCACUUAAGA